GGCGGGGGUGGUGAGAAGAGAAAGGGCUGUAAGGCAGUCACGCAUUCCCUCCGAGAGGGAGGGAGCUGAGAAUCGACCGAGAAGCGGCCGUGACAACCCAUAGAAAAAGGAAAAGCCGCUGCUCACCCCACCCCCAAGCAGUGCUCAGAAGGCCGGCGACACCACCUUACCCCGAGCCUGACAUCCAAAGACUCAAACUGGCUCUGCGAUACUGGAACUACCACCACCUCCCCCAAUACCCACCAAAAAAGUGCACCCAAAACAAAGACGGGUACCCACCAGCCCCAGCCCGCCACCGCUCCCCUGCCUGGGCCGAGCUCCGCAAGGACCAGCCCCGGUUUAAAAGGGGGCACGUGACCCUGUGCUCACGUGACCCUGCCGGCGCGAGCGGAGGUGCAAAUCCCCGCUCCCGGGGUCGAAGGGCCGGAUGUGCGCAGCCCUCCGCAGCCAUGCUCUCCCGCUUGCUGAAAGACCACCAGGCCAAGCAGAACGAGCGCAAGGAGCUGCAGGAGAAGAGGAGGCGAGAGGCUAUCACUGCAGCGACCUGCCUGACAGAAGCUUUGGUGGAUCACCUCAAUGUGGGUGUGGCCCAGGCCUAUAUGAACCAGAGGAAGCUGGACCAUGAGGUGAAGACCCUGCAGGUCCAGGCUGCCCAGUUUGCAAAGCAGACAGGCCAGUGGAUUGGGAUGGUGGAGAACUUCAACCAGGCACUCAAGGAAAUCGGGGAUGUUGAGAACUGGGCUCGGAGCAUUGAGCUGGACAUGCGCACCAUUGCCACCGCACUGGAAUAUGUCUACAAAGGGCAGCUGCAGUCUGCUCCCUCCUAACCCCUCUGCCCUCACCCCCACACCACUCCUACGUCACCCAUGGGAGCAGGAGGGAGUCUGACAGGCCAUGAAUAAAACACAAGCCUCCA